AUGUCCGAUUAUCAACCUUACGCAUACAAUUUUAAUAAUCUGAAUCUAUCGUCUAUCACUACUCCGAACGGUGAGAAAAAACUGACAGAUUCUGGUUUUAUAUCUCGUACCCCAACGCCACCGACACCCCUAAUUCAACAAGAUGAGAAUGAUGAAAAAGAACCCAAUUCAAAUUGUUCAUCGGAUAAAGCUGAUAUUUAUGAAUCAAAAUCGUUUACAUAUCGAAAGCGAUCUCGAAUUCAAUAUACCGCACAGCAGCUUCAAACACUGGAAGCAACAUUUAAAAGUACUCAUUAUCCAGAAGUGGCAGUUGUUGAUCAAUUAGCCGAAUUAUUGAAUGUUCAACAUGAAAAAAUAUCGAAUCGAAGAUCACGUUUUAAAAGACAACAAAAGUGUAAAACCACACGAAAAAAUGCAGUAAUACCUUUGCCAUUGGACCAUACACCAGCCUAUGAAAAUAUACAAAAUUAUCCUUCUCCACCUUCUAAUCCUACCGCUGGUUGUUAUUAUUACCAUUAUCCUCAUUAUCAGCCAUCAUGGAACACAUCAAUGAAUUCAAAUUUACAAUGGUCUUCUUUAGCACAAAUAGAUUCCUCCACAAUAUAUCCUGAUUCGACGGCGGCUACUUCUCCCAAUGUAUCAUCAAUAUGGAACAAUUUUAGUAAUCCCACAUGGCAAGAUUAUUACAGAGCUACACCACUCACAGACAUUCAACGGUAA